AUGGAACAGCCACCGUCGCCGGGAACGAAGUUAGUGAAUAUCGAAGAAAGCAUGGAAUCACUGUUACGGUUUACUCUGCGCGCUCAUUUGGACGAACCAGUUCCAAGUCUCGAUCUUGAACGAGAUUUCUGCCUCCAUCUCCUGGAGGAGGAAGAUACAGAUUCAACAGAAAAACCUCCAAUGUACAAGCUUCUAGCAAGGGCUUUGUCUGAAUGUCUUACUACCGUUGACAAAAAUUCCAGCUUUGAAAAGUACAGCAAACUGUUUCAUGGUUCAGGACAUGAUUUGGUAAAUAUGUUGAAGAAGGUGAGCUUUGAGCUACAUGUCCAGGAGCCUUAUUUCACACAAUUGAAAGAUGGUCUGAAAUCUACUGAAGGAAGAUGUGCAGUAGGAGACUACAUGAGGUCUGAUUCUUUAACCUCUUUCAUACUUGUUACCUUUGUGUGUCCUCUCAGGAUUAGUUCUGGAGCUUUUAUUUUGUUCAAUAAAUGCUUGCUGCUUCAAGUUCAGGACGUUCGCCAAUAUACUUCAUUCUCAGAAAUGCUGAGAGUGGAGGGUCUUGCCAAAGUUCUUCCUGGAGUUGAGAGUAUAGAAGAAGGUGUUGGAGUUUACCGAAACUUUUACCCUCAAGAGAAGGAAAGAAUGAACGGUGUUGUCGCAAUUCGUGUUGCAAAACCAAUUGAUCAGCCUUAUGCAGCAAUGGCAGGAGUAUUGUCUGAACUCAAGUCCACUGGGAUCAAAGGUCUGUUGGAUGACUAUGCAGCACGAGUUACCUUGUAG